UUCUAUGAUUCUACACUUGGAAAACAUUCUCAUGAUAAUAUGCUCAAAAAUAUUAUUGCUGAUUGUAAAAUUGAUGCAAAGAGACGAAAUCUUGUCAAUCAUUCAAUGCGUUUAAUUGGAAUUCUUUAUGGAUGUUACGUG